AUGGAAUUGCGUACGGAAUGCGUGCUGCUCAGUGGCGACGUUGAGGCUGCGCUACUGUGCCGCUCCUUGGGGCAGCUUCAGCGCCGCUCGUCUCGCAAAGAGCUCGGGUUAGAUGCUGUAAUCCCUCAGCCCAGUCACUUUCGCACUUUGGUGCUCCUGCUGGCGCUGUGGGAUGAUGCUGUGGCCAGCAUUGACGGCGAUCGAGCUGUGCCGGCGACGAAUGGCCGCAUGGGUGGCGAGACUCCGUUGCUCGUUGCCUUUGAAGUCAUGGGCUGGGGCUGGGACCCUGUCUUUUGUCUUCGCUGGACCGGCUGUGUCAAAUCCAAGACUUUCUUGCCUUUCAAGUUCUUUCGGCUCGCUGAACGUCCUCACGGAUGGUGCAGCUGUGCCACCAUCCACUUGGUGCCGAAUCACGGCAGAAUUGCGAAAACCACAUUGUCUGUGCCACCGUGUGGCGAGAGCCUGGCGAGGCGUCUGAACGACAGUGCUUACGACCACGCGUUGAUGUGGGAGCUGUCAGGGUUCCGCGGCUUGCCCGCGGUCGUGAGUUUUUACGAGGACGCCUCGUAUUCAUUGUGGGUGACCCCUAGGCGUGCUGGCUCUGCCCUCGUGGCGCCGUCGCCCUCGCUGCCUUCGCGUGUUCGCACCUCCUCCGAGGCCCAGGUUCUGCUUUGCAAAGGUGGGCGCAAGCUGCACAGGCUCUCCGCAACAUCCCGAGUAGGGGUUUGGGAAGUUCUAAACUCGCCAGCUCUGUGGGAGCCUCAGUUCACGGUUCGUUGCAGCUGGGGCGAUGUCGUGUCGCUGGCCUUAGGCUGGGAUGCGCCUUUGCCCCUGAAUGGCGGGGACCGCUUAGACGGCGAGGCAGAGCUCUCUGCCAGAUGGCAGAAAGUGCUGGGUGAUCGUUCUCUUGCAGAGCUAACACGGAGCGAACUGCGAGCUCUUUUCAUACUUGGGCACCGAAUACCCUGGCAGUACAGGCCGGAAGCAUGA